AUGGCUCUUCAACAGCGUUCGCCCUCUCACCAUAAUCAGAUGCGCGGGCAGAAGAUUCCACAUCCAGCCUCUACGAAUUGGAAUGACGAUUUCCCUACACCCUCGCCGAAGAGACGGAAAACGCAGCCGAUUAGUCCGAGGAAGAAUCGUCCCGGAGCAGGCCAUGGCUCAUCACCUAUAGUAAAAACUGAGAUUCCGGACUCGGAGGAUGAGGACGGUAUCGCUGACGUAGCAGCGCCUAGCGAUGGGAACAGCAGAACGACACAGCUUGAGACCGUUCUGCCACCUAUUCAGACCGAUGAUGAGGCCAUUGAGGCUUACGAAGCAUAUAAGGCUGGUCAAGCAGAUACUGAUGACACGACACAAUCGAGACUCGAGAGCAGGAAGUGGGUGCGCGGCAAGAGCAGCAUAUAUGUCGAUGCGUUCAAUCUCGCUCUGGAAACUGUACUCGAGGAAGAGGCACACCUGUUCAACGAGGCCGAGCAGCACCUCUUCAAGGAAUGGCGUGACUUGGAAUACGAAGCUCAAUACCUCUACGUCCGGUUGUUUCUGCGCAAGACCAGCAAGUGGUUUCGAGUCAAAGAUCUACAGUACUAUGGCGACAUUGCGGAUAUGAAUACUGCUGUGGAGUCGUUGCAGAAGGUCCGAGAUCUGCCAAAAGUCGAAGAUGGCGACUUCAAGAAUCCUGGGGAGCUUGAAGUGCCAGAAGGAAAUGAGUUGGGGGAAGACUUCACUUUCGCGGAAUGCUCUUCUGAGCACAUCACGACACUCGAUGAAGCCGGCAGCCUUCUCCUUCUCGAUGAACUGAAAGCACUGGCCAAAGAGGCCAAAGUCCAGGGCAAGAACAAGCGAGAACUGCUGCAGAAUCUGCGGCGAAGCAGUGGGAGACAGCGUGGACUGGGCUUCCGGUCACUCUCCAGGACCGAGACAGAAGAGUCAGUCGAAACCACGGGCUCUGGCACGAGUACGCCAAAGUGUGACGAGAACGGUGACGACUCGAUCGAAUCAAAUCGUGAUGCCCAUUUCACUAGGAAGAUUCUGGACCAGACGGGGCGUUGUAUUCGACUUUCGAUUGCACCACUGAAGCUCUUCGAAAGAGUACACUUGGUCUUCUAUCGCGACACGGAAUGGACGGAGAAGUCGCUGACUGUCCUCAUUCUAGCUAAGAUCUCCCGUCGCAAUUUUCCGCAGUAUAUCGUCAGCCGAUCGAACAAUAUAUUCGAGAGCAGACCGUUGUUGCUUGAAUUCGAAGCAAGCCUCAGGACGCAGUUCGCGGUCGAUAACAUGCUUGAGUUCAAUGGCACACCAGGUAAGAAGGACUUUGAACAAGUACUGACCAUCUUCGAAGCCGUGUACCCUCGGUGGGUCACUCUGCUGGCGAAAGAGCAGGAGAAAGAAGAUCGGAUCUACGACACAGGCGAAGGCGCUUACCUUCGCCGCUUCAGUCCAGCGUGGGUGUACACACGAAUAGUGCACAAAGCACAAUAUCCCCUAGCACGAUUCAAACAGCACAAAAGAGAACAUGAGCUGAUGACAGAAUUGCUCGAUCAACGCCUCUUCCACGCAGCCAGACGGGGUGCGUGGUAUCAGCGGAAGGCCCUUCUCGAAGAGCACUACCUGUAUGCUUUGACACCAGCCGAAGGUCGAUCCGAGGAAGCGAACAAGAAGCACUGGAAGCGAAUCGCCCUCCAGACAUGUGAGCAAGGUCUGCAAGAUCGAGAAUGUCACAUCAUAUAUCACUACGAUUUACAGAAACGGAUUCGGAAGAUCGAGAAACAAUUGCGGAUCCCGAUGCGAGAGCAGCAUGACUUUGGGCAUGUCCUCCUCGCAAAAGCUGGCGAACGAGCGGUGGUCGGGACCAAAAUCGAACACGAGGUGACUCCUGGUCGGAAGAACAGUACAGGUGGUCCGGGCGCGAAAACUGUGUGGCUGGAUGUGCAUGAUACCAACGAGCCCGUGUCGGUCGAGUUGAUGUGCUUGUCACACUACCGCCACGUUCUAGGCUGGAAAGGCUACCACUCGGAAGGCUCGAUUCUGCGGACAUUAUUCGGUCUACUGUUCAGCGAUGUGCUCUUCACAUAUCUGCCAAACGUCUUUCAGACCGCUUAUCAGACUUGUCCGCUGGAUCUACACACAGACGCAUUCUAUUCGGCGCGCAUCAGCGAAAUCAAUGCUCGUGUCAACGAUCUGAGUAAUAACAUGGCUGAAGAAAUAAUUCGCAACACUUGGGCUGAGCACUUCGAACGCCGGUCAUGUAUCGUGGGCGUGCGAUGGGAUGACUACGAUUUGGAUGACUUGCUGGAGAUUGCGAGAUGUUUCCCAGGCCAGGCACUUGGCACCAUCAUGCAGGUGAUGGCCCAGGAAUACGCUGCACGAGGCGGUGGGGUGCCUGAUUUGUUUCUCUGGAAGCCACCCAGUGAGGAUGGUGGUACACCUGGCGAGGUCAUGUUCGCGGAGGUGAAAUCCAUCAACGAUCGGCUCAGCGAUACCCAGCGUCUUUGGAUCUCAGUCAUGCUGGGUGCAGGGAUCAAGGUUGAAUUGUGCCACGCGGUGGUCGAAGGCGAGGACGCUCCUGCUGGUAAGACUUGA